UCAUAAAGCUGUAUUUCUAAGGGAGACCUGGUGUGGAGGUUACCCUGCAGACCAGAACGGCUCUCUGACUGAGCAGAAGCGUUUGGGGUUUUUUUUUCUCUUCCUCUCUUUUCUUCUUCCCCCCCCAUCAUGGUUGAACAGUUUGCAGGAACCUGGACUUUAGCUUCCAGCGAGAACUUUGAUGAGUACAUGAAGGCUGUAGGGAUGGGGUUUGCCACACGGCAAAUGGGUAACAUAACGAAGCCUAACCUGGUGAUCCAGGUGGGUGCUGAUGGGCUCAUCUCUAUGAAAGCUGAGAGCACCUUCAAGACCACGGAGAUCAAGUUCAGGCUGGGUGAAGAAUUUGAUGAGACAACGGUGGAUGGCAGAAAUGUAAAGUCCACGUUCACCCUAGAUAAUGGAAAACUUGUGCAGAAACAAAACUGGGAUGGCAAGACCUCAACUCUGGAGCGAGAGAUUCAAGAGGGGAAACUAAUAGCUAAAUGCAUCAUGGAUGAUGUUGUUGCUGUGAGGACAUACGAGAAGGCAACAUAAAUGAUUUUCCUGAAUGGCAUCAGCCUUGACGUUCGUCCAUCAGUCCAUGCUAAAUCAACUGUGCUGUUAAAUAUGUCAAAGUUUGAAACUGUCUGCUCAUAAAUGAGCUGUCAAUGUAACCUGUCAUCCAUGCUAAUAAAAGUAUUUAAAAAGUUA